AGGGAGGAGAGAGAGACGGAGAGAGGGAGGGAGGUGAUGAGGAGCGGCUUUUCUCCCUUCAUGUCAUCUCACCUCCGUCUGUGAAGCUCGUGUGAUCUGUUUCUUUCAGCCGCAGCUGCUGCUUGUGUCUGUGUGUGUGUGUGUGUGUUUGUUUCCCCCCCAAUACAUUUCAUUUUAAUAUUCCCGUCUUUGCAUCCAUCUCCACCACCUUUAUCAUCUUCAUCUUCAUCAUCAUCAUCAUCACCACCACAGUCAGCAUCAGCAUCAUCAUCUGUAACCAUGUCGGACUCUGAGGACAUGACGGAGUUCGCCAGUAUCGUGGAGAGGAUCGAGCGAGGCGAGGUCCCGAUCAAAAACAUAGAGCGGGAGCUGAUCUGCCCAAUCUGCAAGGAGCUCUUCACUCACCCGCUGAUCCUGCCCUGUCAGCACAGCAUCUGCCACAAGUGUGUCAGGGAGCUGCUGAUGCUGAACCCUGACGACUCUUUUGACGCUGGUUCGGAGUGUUCGUUACCGGGCAGCCCCCGGUCCAGGGUUCCCUCCCCCUCUAUGGAGAGGUUAGACAGGCUUGUGCGAUCAGCCACAGUGCGAAGGUCGUUUGGAAGUCGAGGUAGACGCGGGCUCCGUGUUUUGAGUAGCUGUAGUGAGUACAGUCCUCGGAAUCGGAGCGGAAAUUCUGGCUUGAAAACUGAGAUAAAUCCAGCACUCCUCGGUUCCCCUGUCCCUCAGAAACGCUCCAUCUCAUCCCCAGGGUGGCGCAGAGGCUCUGUGACCCCACGAAUCACCACCAUCCAUUGCCCGGGCUGCCAGCAUGACAUCGAUCUCGGUGAGCGCGGCAUCAGCAUGUUGUUCCGUAACUUCACCCUGGAGAGCAUCGUCGAGCGCUACCGCCAAGCGGCCCGCGCAGCCGUGGCUAUCAUGUGUAACAUCUGCAAGCCUCCGCAAGUGCAGGAGGCAACGAAGAGCUGUAUGGACUGCAAGGCUAGCUACUGCAACGAGUGCUUCAAGCUGCACCACCCAUGGGGAACCCCCAAAGCUCAGCACGAGUAUGUUGGUCCCACAACAAACUUUAGGCCCAAGGUGCUCAUGUGUCCGGAGCACGAGAUGGAGAAGGUGAACAUGUACUGUGAGGUCUGCAGACGGCCCGUGUGUCACCUGUGCAAGCUGGGAGGAUCUCAUGCCAACCACAAGGUCACCUCCAUGAGCAGUGCCUACAAGAUUCUCAAGGAGAAGCUUGCCAAGAGUAUCCAUUUCCUCAUCAGCAAAGAGGACCAGGUCAGGACUCAGAUUACUGAUCUUGAGCAUCUCAUCAAUCAGACCGAGGAAAACGGCCAGCUAGCAGAGCGUGAAGCUAAUGAGCACUUUGAGCGUCUGUUUGAGACUCUGCAGGAGAGGAAGUCUGAGAUGCUGAGAUCCAUCGAACAGUCUCGUAACCGGCGCCUGAACCACCUCAAGGGCCAGGUGGAGGAGUACCAGGGCAUGUUGGAGAACAGCGGACUAGUUGGCUACGCACAAGAGGUGCUGAAAGAGACUGACCAGUCCUGCUUUGUUCAGACUGCAAAGCAGCUCCAUGUCAGGAUCCAGAAGGCCACGGAGUCUCUGAGGACCUUCCACCCUGCAGCCGACCCCUGCUUUGAUGAGUUUGUGUUGGACACGUCUAAAGAGGAAACUCUGCUCAAGGAGAUGUGCUUUGGUGGAGUUCCGGACCCUCCGUUGAUUGACCUGUCCCACAGUAGAGUAUAUAAUGAGGCCUCAAUCUCCUGGAGGCUUUCUGAUGAUCACUUGCCAACUGAUCACCAUGUGGUCGAGUACCGCAGACUCGGGGCCCCGAGCCCGUCUCCAUCCCAGGAGGACGUUGACGAUAGUAGUGUCUGGAGGGCUACAGACAGGGUCUAUGGCCCCAGCGCUGUUGUGUGCGACCUGGAGCCCAACACCUUGUACGCUUUCAGGGUCCGAAGCUGCAGGAACUCGAUGUUUAGUCCCUACAGCCCUGAAGUGACUCUCCACACACCCCCUGCACCCGCUUUUGGUUUCCUGUUCAGCGACAAGUGUGGCUUCAGCGCAGAACGGCUCGCCCUGAACAAGCGGCGGGACACUGUGGAGAGUGUCGCCGGCAUGGCUUUCCUGCUCGCAGCUGAGCGUGUGCAGACGGGCAGUUAUAUCGGUCUCGACUACAUAAUCGGGGACACGGGUAUUUCUCAGGGAAGACACUAUUGGUCAUUCAAGGUGGAACCGUACUCCUACUUGGUUAAAGUUGGAGUGGCCUCUGACUCGAAGCUGCUCGAAUGGUUUCACAAUCCCAGAGAUACUAGCAGCCCAAGAUACGACCAUGAUAGUGGGCACGACAGUGGCAGUGAGGACACGUGCUACGAGCUCUCCCAGCCCUUCACCCUCCUCACCCUGGGCAUGGGCAAACUCUUCAUCCCAAAGUCGUCUUCGCUGUCCUCCGUUUCGUCAGCGAAUGCAUCUUCUGCCGCUGACCCCGGCAAUCGCGUGCUUCCCAUGCCACAGCGUCUGGGAAUAUGCCUCGACUACGAGGCGUGCCGCGUGUAUUUUUUCGACGCCGACACCAUGAGGUGCCUUUACGAGAGGCAGGUGGAUUGUUCGGGGACCAUGUAUCCAGCCUUCGGCCUCAUGGGCAGCGGCAAAGUUCAACUGGAGGAGUUCAUCGCUGCGAAGAAACUGACCUUCUGAGGAGGGGAUAGGGAGCACCGUUGACGCUUUAAGACCUGAAUCAGUUUAAUGUUUGGCAUGUUCUCGGCAGAGCAGGUUUUGUUGAUGAUUGAUUAAUGUCCAACUCAUUUAUUUGAAGGUCGAAGAUGAAGCAGAUGCGAUCCAGGGCCUUUGGUCCUUAAUGUAAACGUGUGAUCUCUGCCUAUUUAUUUAGACUGUUCAGCCAUGGCAUUUUAAAUGUAUGAUCCACAUAUAAUAUGGUCGACACAGAGUAUCAGUGUCCACAUACAAUGGGCUUGAGAAGUUGGUAUAAACGUGAAAGGUCCUCUCUACAUACCAAAGUCUCUGUAUCUGUCCGUGGUUGGGUUUUAGAUGUGGUGGAGUUGGUUACAAUGUUAGUCUGCAACCACUUUAAGAAUCUUUGGUUUUAACCUAAAACAACAUUUGAGCUCACACUAGUCUUUUGCCAGGUUUAUGUUGACGGUAUGUAUUAAUUAGUAAGUGAUGGUUCUUUUUUCCUCAAGCGCAUUUCUAUAUUCUUAGUGUGAACGUAGCAACAUAUGUUUACAUGUGAUGAUCUUUGUGGACCUGAGGGAGCCUUGUAGCUACUUUUUACAGCGAGUGCCUUUCUGCCUUUUUUUUAGUUGGUUGUUCUGGCAAGCAGAUACUGGUGUCACUGCACAAGCGUCAUAGAAAUAAUUAGUAGCACAUUUAUUGUGUGAUUUGUAUAGUUUGAUUAGACACUGGUGUCAAAGUUUAAAGUGGUUAUUUGUUCUGAUUUCUAAUUCACUCUUGACUUUAUCACAUAACACUACUUUUCCUUCUUGUCACAAUUAUGUUCAGCAGUUUUUGCACAACAGGACGAUGGAUGCCUCACACUCGAUCACCUUUACACCCAUUACAUUUAAGGUCACUACCUAUUUAGCGUCUCACUGAUGUCACACUAUGUGAAGUGUUCACCAUCACGAGCAUGAACAUGAAUCCUCGAGCAGCAACUUUGGAUUUACAAGCCUUUCGCCGUUUGCACUCUUAUGGUAUCGGUUGCACUGAAUGUGAUUUUUAAAAUUUUUUUUUAACAUCAUAAAAACCAGCAGGUACCGGAAUAUUGUGUACUUGUGGUCAACAGCACGUUGACGGCUGCAAAGUUAAUGACAUCCAAAUCUUGUUGGCUCUGGUGCUGAUUUAAAAUGUAACACACAGCCUUUUAAACUGUUAUGGACGUCAUAGCAGUUCAGGUUCUUACAAAAAGUGCUACCACAACACACUGUUCGCUGUAUCUUUGGUCCAUUUGCAGUGCAGACACACUAAGUGCAUCUUGCUGGUGAGUUUGGCUUUGACUAAAGCAGCUUGGAUAUAGAGGUUUCACUAAACAGACUCACUAUUCACUUGGCAACCACACUUUGUUUUUGUAUAGACGUAUACGUGCCUGCAUAGUGGUUUACUUGUACAUUCACGUGUAUGAUUUCAUUUCUGGAAGGUUAGGGUAAGUGGUGUGCGUGUGUUUUCUCAGGUUUCUGGUCCUGAUCGGGGCCCCAAUACUACCUACCUCUAUCUGUCAGGCCUGGAAAACCUUAACUACUGUACCUUUCCUCUCAGAAGUUUGAUUUGAUUUGCGGCUUUGUCUGUAAUAGUCCCAAGUUCAAUAUUUCUGCCUUUCGCUUUAAUAUCAAAUCAUAAACUGAUCCUUUUCAAAAAUGUUUUUUAACUUACAUGUACAUAUUAAUCCAAAGUAUAUAAUAUUCAAGCGAAAUAAAGUACAUCUUCAAUAUUCAUGUUCAUUAGGUUGAUGUCGAGA